AUGGCCAACAGACGAGUCACCCUGCUAGAGCCCCCUGCGUUGGAUGCCUCCAAAGCGCCGAUCGAAAAUGUCUUGGAGUUGACGCCGGUAGUCGACAUCGGACCUGAUGUCUUCACCAACACCCGUCCUCUUUGGCACCCGCCCGGAGCGCGGGGCAUUUACGGCGGCGCGGCGAUUGCGCAGUCCCUUUCCGCGGCGAUGCGGACAGUCCCCUCCGAUUUCGCCGUCCACAGCAUGCACUGCUAUUUCGUGCUGGCUGGCGACUCUGAAAUCCCGAUUCUGUAUCAUGUCGAACGAGUGCGCGACGGGCGGAGUUUUAUCACACGGACAGUCCAGGCCAGACAGCGCGGGCGACCUAUCUUCACCACUACCCUGAGCUUCAGCAAGGCGAAUAGCGGCGGCAAGAAGAAGUUGGAACAUGCGACGCCGAUGCCGGCGGUUCCGCUACCGGAUGACUCUUCCCCAGGGUCUAAGAAGCGGUUCGAUGAGGGCGGCGGUGGACCGUUUGAGUCGCAGAAGGCGGGAGUUGUGAAUCGGGACUCGAAUCCCGAAGAUAAGCGACUGCGACGAUUUGUUCGAGCCCGAGGAAAGAUCUCCGACGGCGGAGGCCACCACGCCCAUCUUUCAGCCCUCGCCUACAUCACCGAUAGUUAUUUCGUUGGUACGGUGUCGCGCGUCCACGAUAUCCCUCGAUUCACCUCCCCCGCCGAGCUCAAGAAGUUCUUGAAUGCGCUCAAGAACCCGUCUGAUCUCGAUGACGAAGAUAUCUCGCGGGCUCUUAAGGAACUGAAGGAGGAAGAGACGGCCGAGUUGCGGCGCCGGUUGGAAGGCGCGCUCAGCAAGGCCACGAACGAGAAGAACAAGGCGGAACACAAGGAAGUCGGUAUGAUGGUCAGCCUUGACCAUUCGAUCUAUUUCCACAAUCCCUGGGCAUUCCGCGCCGAUGAAUGGAUGCUCACGGAGAUGGAAAGUCCUUGGGCCGGCGAGGGUCGGGGAUUGGUGCUGCAGAAGAUGUGGUCUAAGGACGGAACCUUGAUCGCCACGUGCACGCAAGAGGGCGUUGUGAGGCUGAAACAGGAUGAAACCCCUCGCGCGAAGAUAUAG